GUGUAUAUGAGUUUAUUAAAAACAAUGCCCAAAGCAACAAGUACGAUUCAUCGCGCAAAAAUUCUGUCGCCAAACUCAUUGUUGGAUAAUUUCUGCCGGGCGCUACAUCCGGAUUUGGAUCUCAGCUCAACAUGUUAUACCUGGUUCCAGCAGGCAACUCAACACUGCACCGAAUUGGUUUUGCGACAGCAGCGUGCGCCAUAUUUCUGGAUGGCACUUCAAAGUUUCAUAUUUCCUAAUCGCGAAACAUCAUUACUUAGCCAAAAGAUACCAAUCAGCAUACACCCGAAUCGAUUGUCGGCCAGCGAUUGCGAGGCGUUCUUCUUUGACAUAGUUAACGACUACGUGGCACAUGCUCCAGCUUAUGCGCCGGCGUCGAUUACCAACAGCCUUCUUUGGCAGUCAAUCUACUCUUUGCUGGGAGUAUUGUCGUUAGGUCUUCUCAUGAUCUUUAUAAUAAUUUCCUACCGGAAAUUUGUCGAAUCACUGGAUUCGCCUAAAGACGUAGUUCGUGAAGAAGACCAAGCCCUUUUAUGUGAAAAAUACAAUGCCACAUUCAUUAAUCGUAAGCCCUGUCAGUCCAAAAUUUUCCAACGUGUGAUGGAACCGAAGAAGAAGUUCUCGUCCGACGGUAUUCCGACGAUUGCCUUGAAAGUUUCAUCAAAGCUGAAUUUUAUAGAUAGCAUUGUAGCUAGUACAGAUAUUUCCAGUGUAUGUUUGCAUCGCCUUCAAGAGUUGAACCCGCAGUUGAAGUCUGAAUAUAAAAGUGAAAUGGUAUCGAAUAUGUUGCGCUUUAUGAGCAACGACACACGUAAACUAGAGCUGAUGAUGCUGUUCGACGAUGAGCCAAUCCAUGAGGAAAUCCAGCGGAAAUAUCCAUCGAAAAUGUUUGCCGGAGG